CAGCGCCCCUCGCGACGCCACAACGUCACUGAUCACGUGUCAUCUACUACGACUCGCUGAAGUUGGAGAAAAGUUUGACAAGCCCGAAGAGGAUCGAAAGAGCGGCCAAAGACCCCCACAGAGGAGACACAUAAUCGAUACUCACGGUAUUUACCUCCGGAGAAACGAUGGAAAGCGUCGCCCAGAAAGUGCUGACUUCUGGAUUCACUCUUGACUUGGGGCCCCUGAAAGAGCCAUUGGCAUUUAUCCGUUUGCUAGAAUGGGUGUUCUCCAUAUUUGCCUUCGCUACGACUGGAGGUUACAGUGGGUCAAGCAGCAUCAACGUCGCUUGUAGUGGGAAGACCAGUGAGGAAAUACACACAAAAUUCAAUUACCCGUUCAGGUUGAUGGAGCAUCCCUAUGAUGUUCCUGACUGUGUAGUCAAUAAAACUACCAUUCCUCACUACCUGACUGGAGACCACUCAUCCUCGGCACAGUUUUACGUCUGCAUCGGAGUGUUUGCCUUUCUCUACAGCACUGCCACACUGGUCCUCUAUCUGGGCUACCAGCACUUGUACAGAGAAACAAGUCGUGGCCCCAUUGUGGACCUGCUGGUGACUGCGGCCUUUGCAUUUCUGUGGUUGGCAUCGUCCUCUGCUUGGGCUAAAGGCUUGUCCGAUGUGAAGUGGGCCACCAGUCCUUCAACCAUUGUGAGUCUUCUGGAUAUUUGCAAGGCCUCCGCCAACAAGUGCACCGCAGGCGCUAUGCCUCACAUGGGCCGACUAAAUGCCUCAGUGAUUUUUGGUUUUCUUAACCUCAUCCUGUGGGGUGGAAACUGCUGGUUCAUUUACAAGGAAACACCUUUCCACAAAUCAGCCAACCCCCCUGCAGACGUGGAGGGAGGAGUGAGACCAUCGUAACUGCACAGCUUCCUCAUCUCAUAACUGUCUAACAUGUAGCGUUGUUGAAUGAGUUGUUUUGGUACUAAUUGUUGAAAAAAAAUGACUGUAAAUUACAAGGUAUAUACAUUUCCAAAUAUGACUGCUCCUUUUUUGCAAAGUAUACAUUUUAAAAUUUAGGACUAUUAUCUCGAAUACAUUUUGAAAGAUACUAAAACGUGAGUUGUUCAGACUGAUACAAAUCAAUACAGGAAAUUGUAGCAGUGAAAAAUGUUAAUUGUCAUCGAUACUGAGUUUGCAUGUUUUUAACGUAUUUAAACUCAGGUAUCCAAAACUAUGUGUCCCUUAUCUCGGAUGGUACUGCAGGUGUGGACUGUGCAGCUCUGUUGGUGAUAUAUCAAACUGCAGCACCACUUCAGUCUCCCUGUUAACUGCCAACUGUAUUUCUGUGCCGUACAUCAUUUUAAAAACUCAGGGCUAUCGAGGGUACAAAUGACAAAAUAUCUAAUUAAUAUGAAAUACUUGAAGUGCAUUAUUAUUAUCACAAGUUUAGACUGUAGACAAAAUAAAAUUGCAGUCCAAUCCUAAGACAUAGGUAUCAGAAAGUUUAGUUAAAAUGAAUUAAUUUGAAAUAAUUUCCAUUUGGAAAAACAAUUCAGUUGCCAAUAUGAGAUUACCUUUAAUGAGUGAAAGCAAUUUCUUUCUUUUUUUUUCUUUUUUUUUCAUUGCUAUGUUGCACCUCUUCAUCUCAUUACUUAGGUUAAUCUCACUUUUUUAGCAUAACAGCUGAAUAUUUUGUCACAGGUAGUGGAUGUAUUUGUUUGGAGCAUGUUAGUUCUUUAUGAACAUUUAAAACUAUUACAAUUAUUUGCUAGAAUUUGCAGAUGUUUUUCUUAAAGAAUAUGACUUUUUUUUAUCUUUGUCUUGCAUGUUUAUUAUGUUUAAAUCAAGGAAUUUCUAAGAUGAUUGCCCAGCAAGGUCCUGCAGUAUGUCAAUACCAAUGUACAAUCAACUGUAUAGCCUUAGCUAGUUGUUGGUUGCUACUCAUUUUUCUGUCUGAUAACUAACCUGUUACUAAUUACCUGCAUUUUUUAAAAUCUUGCUUUAUCCUGGCUUCUACCUCCACUUAGUUAUAAGGGAAGGCAAGCUAUGUGUUUCUUAUUAUUGCCAUGAUUAUGAUUUCCUACUUUGAUAUAGCCUUUCUUGAUUCACAGUCUCUACUUCACCUCUGUGUUGAGGUGUUGCAUGGAUGAAACUGCAGUACAGAAAUAUACUGUGUGGACAUGAAAUACUGUGUAUCAUUAAAAGGAAGAACUGGA